CAAACCCCAGCUUCACGCGGUUAAGCAAAGGGUUCGUAAAACCACUUCCCACCCUUUUUCCUUCAAAUUUUUCUCUUCUCAAAAAGAUUAACCCUACAAUUUCGUCAAAAUAAAAAUAAAAAUCACCCCCCGUUAAUUUUUACUAUUUUUCCUUCUUUAUUUGAAUCAACUCUUUUAUUCCGCCGUUUAUGGCGACGGCACCGAGCAACAAUUCAACUGCGAAAGUCGGAACCCUAGGUCUAACAAAUUCACCGAUGUCUUCAUCGGCGCCGAAAUCUCAACGCGGUCAGAACAAACCUAAGUGCAAGCAGUGUGGCAAUGUUGCUCGUUCUAGGUGUCCUUACGAGCAAUGCAAGAGUUGCUGUUCCAAGAAUCAAAAUCCGUGUCCAAUUCAUGUGUUGAAAGCCAGUACAAUUCCUGACAAUACUCCAUCUUCUGGUGCUGCCCCACUUGAUCGGAAAUCCUUUGAACCACCCCCGUCAAUAAGUGCAGGUAGAGCUGCGUCACUUCGACAACUUUCCAAUAGUUUUGCUCAGUUCAAUAAUUUGCAUCUUUCACUUCGAUCAAAGAAGCCACUAACUAGAAAGGAUGCUGCAGCUAUCAAUGAAUGGAGAUUUUCCAAGUUAAAGGAAUACAAGGAGCGAAAUGUUGAUGCAGAAAAUGAAGCUUUUGACCGAUACAUGCAAAAUGUAGAUUUGCUGGAAGAAGUAUUAUCUGUGAAGCAGUCAGAUGAGGAUGUGUCUUCUGCAUCGGAGGCUAAUCAAACUUCAACAGAGAACAGUGAGGUAAUGAUCCCUGGGUUAAAAUUGCAACUAAGGUCAAACUCGACGAGAAGUGAUGGUGUUAGAAUAAGAAUAAAAAAAACUGUAGAUGAUGGAUUGAAGAAGCUUAAGUGUGCUGUAGAUGGUGACAGCAAUAAUGAAGAAAUCGAUGAAGUUAGUGAAUCUUCGAAUAAGAGAAAGAGGACCGAAAAGUUAUCAGCUAUAAGUGAUCUUCUGGACAAAAUUAACAAAGCCCGAAGUGAGGAGGAUUUGCAGUCAUGCUUGGAGGUGAAGUUACAGCUUUUCAAUUCAGACGAAGACUCUGCUAUGGUGCAACACACAGACAAUGAAAUGCAUCAGAAUCAAACUGCUGAAGGCGAUGCUGUACCAGCAAAAGAAUUGGAUUAUUCGUUACCAAAAUUGGUUGGGUCCUCUGAAAUUGAUCAAGAAACUCUCAACAUCAUUGACAAACACUUUUCUUCUCUUGAGUAUGUGGAGCAGUUAUGAGGUUAGAAUUUUUAGUGGUUAAAAUUUAGCUUCUGCAGAAUGAAGAAAUCUAAAUGUUGUAUGGUAUUAUUCAAGGAAAAGGCUAUGUAAAAUUAGAAUUAGGCAAAACGGAAGCCAAACAAUGUCUCUAAAAUCAGAACGUAUCCAUUUUUUGAAUUAGUUGGAUCGUGAACUUGUUAUAUUUUCAGUUUAAUCAUGAUGUGAUUCAACUGAAGUUAAACAGAAAACGAAUCAGAUGAACUAAUUUAGUCAUGAUUCGAAAAGAAGUAUCACUGAUUCAGUUCGGAUGGCCUGUGAUGAAGUGAAGUCGUCAUUAGUUUACCAUUGUUAUUGCCUAAUUCUGGCAGAAUUCUACAAUACUCUGAUACAUCCAAUUGCGGGGAUCUUGUUUAUAUUUUUGGUAUUUUAUUAUUAGAUUUUUUUAAUAACAAGUUCA